UUAGAAACAACAAACAUGACUUUGGAACCAACCAACUUGGUAAAAGUAGGCGGCAACCACGGGCAAGCUACUCUGUAUUUAACAAGGGAUCGAAAACAAAUGCAUGCCAUAAUUUUCGCAGUUGCUUAGACUUCCAUUCUUCCAAGUUAGGCUUAGUUUCUAAAAAGCUUUUCAGAUACAUAUAUUGCAGAAAACAAUGAUUGCCUGAAAUCUUCACACCAAUUUUAUUCAGGUAUACUUAAUAAUAUUAGGUAAUAUUAUUAAUAGUGUUAUCAAUCAUCACCCAAUCUGGGCUCUCAGUGACUUCAGUUUCAGAUAACUUCAUCCAAUCAAAUACUUGAUUGAUAUUUAUUAAAAGAAAUAGCCCAUUUCUCUAAGUAAUCAAAUGCCGUGGUAUAGAAAGCCAUUGUCUCUUCCUCAAAUUUCGAAAUCAAAUUAAUUAUUUCUUGGUUAGGGUUCUCAUUCGUUAACUUUUUCAAAUUCAUCUUGGUUUGCAUCAUCAUCAAUCAUGCCAAUAAAAUUGGCAGUCUUCCUUUCAAUCAUUCAGACAUUUUUGAGUGGCGAUUAGAAUAUUUCUUAUUUCAAUCAUCGAGACUUUAUACUUCUCGAUGCUUUAUAUUUUUUAAAAAACAGAGCCAAGUUGGACUGAAGAAACAUAAAAUAAAUUUCAUUGAUCUGACUACUGAAAAAAUCUGAAAUUAUUUUAGGUGGCCUGUCUUUAGCGUCAAAAUAUUGUUUUAAAGGAAUCCAAAGUUUAAGAAUUCUCUCAACUGUUUUUGAGUGAGAUAGAAGUGUCUGAUGAUUGACAUCAACAUAAAAGCAGAACUCUUUCAACUUCUCUGUCCAUACCGGUAUUGAAAAUAAUUAAAUAUUUUCAUGACGAUUAUUUAAAUGUCGACAGCUAAGACUCCAGCAGCGCUUGAUAUUGUAUUGUGGAGAAUAUGGGCAAGGCAUCCAAUUUCUUCUACAUUUUUUCCUAUUUCUUCUUUAAUUUGGUGAAAGACAUUCCGAUGGCUGCGUCGAUGAAGCCCUCCACAAAAAGCGAUUAAUUUAUCUAAUGGAAUUUGUGGUUGUCUUAAAGUGUCCAGAAAAAACUUUGCAAUUGUCUCCGAUGUUUCAUUAUUCAGCAAAUCAAACUUCAACAGCUUCUGUUGGAUUCCAUCAGUUUCAGUAAAGUAUUGAUCAACUAAAGGAAACAUCUUUUCAGCCUUGUGGUUCGAUGCGUCGGUGCCCAUGUCGUAAAAUGAAACUUCCUGCAAUUGUUUAAUGCAUUCGGACACGGAAUGUGGUGCCAGAAUAUUUUUAACAAUCGCUGCAGCUUUGGUCCUGGCUCUAGACUGCUUGGCCGUGACUUUGGAGUCAGGAUACAUUGCGGCAUUCAGUUUUACGGUACAAUCAAGAGAACUUUCUACCUUGCAUCUAUUUGUAUGAUUCUUCAUAGAAAUAUGAUGCCUCACAUCUGCCUUACCUCCGUUAGUUACUGAGAUGAAACAGCUACAAAUAUCACACAAUACUUCCUGAUCCGUACUUGACAAAAGACCUCUCUUUUGUGUAAUCAUCCAAAAAGUGACACUUUCUCUUUCCAUGGCAUAUCGUAAGUUAUGAUAAGUUAAGUUUAUUAGACAUUAAACAGUCGAAAAUAACACUUUAGUCAUCGAAAUCAUGGUUGACUGGAUGGCUGAAUGGUCUAACCUGAGCAAACCUCAAGUUGGUGGUCUGAAGUUCAACUCAGCCAAAGGCCAGUAUAGCAAAAAACAUCACCCAGGGUGGAUGAGACUCGUUAACCUUGGUCGGCAAUUCAUCUAAGUAAGAGAAGGAAAUGCUGAAUUCAAACCUGGAGUUGUAGUCCUGUAAGGCGCAUCCAAUGAAAAUUCCUGCAACCCUAUCCAUCCCUGAUCAUCUUAACAUAGAUUCUUGCCACUGGAUAUGUGGGCUGGAAGAGAGAGUGAGGUUAACGCCGCGCAACUCUUCCUCACUUUAAACAAAAGUCACCUGCGCAAGUCAUCAGUCACCGGACGAUUCUGUGGUCAUCGUCGAUCUUCGACUGACGAACAAUACUAAGUCAUCGAAGUACACGUCACUAUACACUUCACGCUUUAUAUACCAGCAGUAAACACUUCAAACAUUACUAACUUGCGCUCGUUGUUCGUAAUACGUUUAGAAAGAAUCUAUUUAUCAGAUCCCUAUUCAGAUGGGAACUGCCUGAUUCUUCAGCGUGGCGCUGCUUAAAUAGUUCCAGGCCCGUACUACUGGAGAAGUCUGGUAUUUUCUCGAAUGAUGGCGCUAUAUCUAGAAGGUGCUUGCAUUGUGGAUACAGGAUACGCAACAUUCAACACCAUCUGUGAGACGACCUUGUCAACAUAAACUUGUUGACAUAAAUAAAACUAACUGAGUUUGCAUUUACAUGUUGCGCUAACAGAUGGCGUUACAUCAGUACUUGAGCCAAACCCGUAACAGUAUUUUGCAAAAUCGUGACAAAAUUAGGUCUUGUCGGGACAAGAAGGUCCAUAACGGUGAUGGUCCCGAUAUAUCAGGAUGGAUGGCAACCCUAGGCUCACCACAUAAUAACGCAGUUAUCCUCAAAAAAUGAGAAACCAGGUUUAUGAUUUUAUAAAAUUAUUUUCUUUAUUCAAAACAAAAACAAAUUUCAACUGAACUGAGUAACUGAUUGACUGAAGAUUGUACUACAAGGAUGAUUUGUGUUUUUUAAUCAAUUCUAUAGUAAAUAUUUUUUAUUUUAAAAAAGAAAAUCCAAGCAUUGAAGUGACCAAAAAUCUUAGUAACAGAGGAGAAGUGUAAUGAAUAUUUUACAUUUAUCCAUGUAAAAAGUACAUGAAUAAUUGCAUGCUUAUCUUUACAAAGCAUGCAGGUCAAUUAUUUAUGUCAUAUACCUAGAAAUUUAUGAUUGCAGAAAAAAACUGUAGAAAGAAAAUCACUGAAUCAAAGAUAUUUUCUAGAGGAAAAUUUAUGUCUUAUCACUAGGCACACCUUCUAUGCAAACAUCAUUUCUUUAGAUAAGCUGUACUUCUUUUCUUUUUGUUUUCCCAGGGAAGUCAUGAGGACACAAUAUUAUUUUAUGGACUUAUAGAUAAGAAGGAAAAGAUAGCCAAAAAGGAUUUUAAUAUUACUUUUUUUUAGUCUUACAAAUCAGUGAACUCUACACUUGAUUCAUUUAGAAUAUAAACCUAAAUGUGCUAAUCACUUUAUUUUAAAUUAAAAAUAGACCAAUUUCAUCAUUGAGGAUAAGUAUUUAUCUAGUGUUAAGUCUUUAGUAUUUUUAACAUAACAAAGCAAUACCCAAAGAAUGAAGACAUCAGCAUAUGCAGUCUUGGUACUUAUGUAUACAAUUCCUGGUAACUGUUAUAUUAUACAAUCAUUAAAAUCAGCUAUUUUUAAUAUCUUUGACACUAUUGGAUGCCAAUUUACCACAUGCUGUGAUGAUUUUUGGAUCAACAAUAACACAACAGGUACCAGUAUAACAACUUCAGACAUAAUCUUUUAUAAUCAUAACAGUUUUGUUAAUGUAAUAACGCAAUCUUAUAUUAGCCCAUGUUUUAACUAAGGAAGUUUUGUAAAAUUUUUACAUGAUUAAAUGAUUAUGUAAGCAGAUCUCUGAGCCCAUGGGUUAAUCCAGGCCAUUUUAGUAUGACUUUUUCAAAGAAAUAUUUCUUGUGAAAGUUUUCAAACUAAUAAAUCAAUUCUCAUUGCUUAAAGAAAGGUGAAAUGGUUGCUUUAUCUCAGACUGAUUAAUAAUUUUAUAAUCUUCAAUAUUUAAAAUACUUCAAUACUAAAAUAUCAAAAUCAUUUUCUUUGAAGGCUUAGUAGCUGAUAUUGAAAAAAAACUUCAUGGUCAACACCUUGUUCACAAGACUGUCAUUGGUCACAUCAAAGGUCACCUAGGGUCACCUAACCCGCUUAAAGCCCUUGUUCUUUCCUUUCAUGGACCUCCUGGUGUGGGCAAAAAUUUUGUCAGCCGUAUCAUUGCCGAAAAUUUAUACAAGGAUGGUCUUCAAAGCAAGUUUGUUCAUCUUAUCUCUGCAACAAAUGAAUUCCCUCAUAGUGAUAUGAUUCCCCUUUAUAUGGUAAGUGGCUUUUUGUUAACCUUGCACAAUUUUUACUACAUAUAAGAAAUAUAGAGUUCUAAAGUUUCUUAUAAUUUAAAAUUCUGUAUCCAAAGAAUAAAACUGUAUUCAUGAUUAUUAUCAUAAAAAUAAGUACAAUUUUAAAACAGAAGACACUUAUAAAACUAUACUUUUUGAAAAUGUAAAUAGUUUUUAAAAAAAUUGUGUUUUAUUUUCUGCAUAUUAUCAAACACUAGCAAUGACCAAAGUAAUCUGAAAUAAAAACUUACAGUAGGGUUUGUCAUUUAAUGGUGGAAAGCUAUUAAUAAAACAUCCAGGCAUUCAGUUUGUGCAAUCUCAUUAAAUUGGGGAGAGAUAAUUAAACAUCUGGAUAAAACAUUGGGAUAUGUCUCAGUUCGGUUGUUCUGUGUUAAUGUGAUUCAGGGUAGUGGGUCUUAACCCAGAGAAAAAUAUUUUAAAACUUUAUUUUACUUAAGAUUUUACAAAUUUUUACUGCUUUAUGUAUGCUGAAAUACAUUGUUUAGAAGCUAUGUUUUCCGAAAACCUUGUCUAAAAAUAGUAACAAUGUGAUGUGACGUUUCCGGUCUUAGAAAUGACAAACCCUAUAGCCAGAAAGAAGGGUAAUUAUUUGCAUUAAGAUAAAACUGUAUAUGUAUUUGAGAAUUUUUUUUUUUGUAUAUAUAGAUAUUAAGGAAUAGAGAGCCCAAAAGCAGGCUCUUGUAAAUCAGUGAACUCUACACUUAAUUAACUUAAUACAUUAAGAAUAUAAAAAUGUGUUUAUUACUUCAUUUUGAGUUAAGAAAUAGGCCAUUAACUAGUGUCACUUGCCACUGGUUAUUCUAAUCUAGGAUCAGUUGAAAUCAUGGAUUGAAGGCCAUGUGUCACAUUGUGAACGCUCCAUGUUCAUAUUUGAUGAAGUAGACAAACUACCUCCAUUGUUGCUAGAUGUUAUAAAACCUUACCUGGAAUACCAUGUGCAUUAUAAAGGUGUCAACUACCGGAAAUCUAUUUUCUUGUUUCUUAGGUAAAUUUUUUGGAUGAAUAAUUCUAUAAUACCAGUAAUUUUAAUUAUCACCCAUCAUGGAAGUUUCAAUUAUCAUUGAUCUACUUCCUUACUAUUUUCUUAUUCUAAUUUCCAAUAAUAUCACAAAAUGUGUAACUGUUUAUUGCUUAGUCUUUAGAAUUUAUUGCAUUCAUUAAAUUUGAGCAUUCGUUUUUGUAACUUCUUGACAGUAACUCUGGUGGCAGUGACAUUGGUAAAAUCAUGUUUGAACACUGGAAAGAUGGAAAAACAAGAGAAACACUGGAGUUAGCAGAUGUCGAAAACUUUGUCAUGAAGGCAGCUGUUAAUGACAAACAUAGUAAGUUCACAGUACAACAAUAUACACAUGGCUUUCUAUCAUAAUAUUGGAAAAUAUGUGCGGAAAAAUCCAUAUGUCAGAAAAAGUUGAAGAGUUUCCAUCUGCUGACCACAAUACAAUAUACUUUAGAAAAGUUAUGCAGGAAAAUAUACACAUAAUGAAUAAAUACAGGUAAAUAAUAAAAUGGACGAAGGGGCCAUCCAUAAAUGCAAAACUUUGAGGGAGUGGACCUAAUGAAUUUGUGAUGGGUGUCUAAAUUUUGUGACAAAUUUCUUUUGAUGGGGGAGGGUGGUAAAAUAAAUAAUCCAAAAUAAAAUGAUGGCUUUAAAAAUGGAUCCUAAUUCAGUUACUUGCUCAAUGAGUCUACCAGGCUAAGAAUCAAUUAUUCAGUGAAAGCUUUUCCAUACAUUAUGGAAAUUAAGCACCUUUCAUUUAUAAGUGCAUUUCAAUUAUUUAGAAAAUAAACCCCUUUAAAAAUAUUUUGAAAAGUAAAUUACCGGGUAUUCAUACUAAUUAUACAUGUCUAACAGUAACAGUAACAAAGAUUGCUUUUAAACAUCUGUUAAACAGAUCUAUGUUUAUGACUAUUACUAUUAAACUAAAUGUGAAAAAGGAGUGAAUGCAUGCUUUAGAGGUAUUCAAUAAUAAGUUUCACAAAACUCAUAUUCAAUCUUGUUUUUGUGAAAAUAAAAGGUGCUGGAAAAGGGCAAGAACUCACAUUUUUAAUUUUUUAAAAUUUAGUUUCAGUUACGGUAUAAAAUCUGAAUAAAAUGGAUGUUCUGGUGCAUUUUUAGAUAAAAAAACAAAAAAAAAACUGCUACUGCUACUAUUAAUUAUUUAGUAUUUAGAUGCGAACUUAAAAAAAAAAUACAUGACUCAUGACCUGUUGGCCAGUUUCUAAUGAUUUUUAGUUAUUAUCAGCAAUAAAGAAUUUGAAGUUCUGAUUAUCUGUUUUUAUGGUACCAUUUAACUAUCCUAUUUGCUUUUACUUCACAUUUUCUAUAAAUUUAUACUAAACCAUUCGGCAUAGAAAUAAAUCUUGAUAAAGCCCAAACUGCUAUGCAUGAUAAUCAAUGAUAUUCAAUAUCUCAACAAUCUUAAGCUGAGGUAUUUCAAGACAAUAAUCUAUCAAUAAUAAUAUAUUAUAUUAUUGUUUUGAAAUAUCACAGCUUAAGAUUGUGGAGAUAUUGAUGCUAAUUAUUUGAGCUUCUCGCAGGAAAAAUUGUGACAGUACCAUCUUAAUUGAUAUCUCAUAUUUAUUGUUUAUCAUGACCAUUCCAUUCUUAAUUAAUAUGUCUUUUACCUAAGCAUCUCAUAUUUAUCGUUAAAAUUAAAAUAACUACAAAUUUUAAAUAAAAAUUAAUUUUCAUUAAAUUUAUGAACUUAUGACUUACGGUAUAAAUAAACUAUUAACAAUGAAUAUUCUUCUGUCUCUACAAUUCACCAGAGGGUCUUGGGUACAGUCAGCUCAUUAACAACCAUCUUAUAACCGCUUUUAUUCCAUUUCUGCCACUGGCUAAGGAACAUGUCCGUAAAUGUAUCCAAGAUGCCAUGGUCAUUGAAGGCUAUUAUGCUAACAUAGAAACUGUUCCUGAUGAAAAAGUGGACCAGGUGAUGAAAGAAUUGACAUUUGUCCCAGAAGUGGAACAGUUGUUUUCCAGCACAGGUUGUAAGAGAGUGUCACAAAAAAUUGAUUUAGUCAUGAUGGGAGAACGCCCAAAAAAAUCUAAAUCUGACCUUUAAUUUAUUGGCAGUUAUCUGAACAUCAUAUUAUCACCCAUAACUGAGUGUUGUUUAUUGAUGUUGAAAGAUUUAUAUAUAAUCCACAUUAGAAAUCUUGUCAGUGUUUUAUAAUCUAUUAGAUUACUGAUAUUUUUGUUGUGUAUUUUUAUUCUUGACAACAGCAGUUUUUCCAACUUUAUCUUUCAACACAGUAAAUGUGAAACUGAUAAAAAAAUAAAUGUGGGAGUGAAAUACCAAACAAAUACAAGUUAUAAGAAAUAUUGUGAAUUAUUAUUAUAAUUGUCAAUUGUAAGAGGAAUUAUAUUUACUCUAUUUGAAACUACUAAGAUCUAUUUUUAUUCUCUAUGUAUUAUAACUUGCAACACAAUAGUGAACCUUUGUUUUACUAUGUUGUUGGUUUUUACUUCUAGUUUACAGAGUAAAUAUUGAUUUUUAUCAAUAAAAAAAACCCAAAGGAUUGUCCAAGCAAAGUAAUACAAAUAUUUUUUUUUUUUAAAUGACACUGUGACUCAAAUUAUUAUUGUUGUACCCCAUCUGCUUCAAGGUUGAGUGAACGGGAGGGUUGAUGAGUUCAGAUCUCCUUUUUUUAAUUUCAUGAUUAAGUUAAGUUAAAUAAUUAAAAUAAUUAGUGACGUCACUUCAACCGGGAUUUUGUUAGCCAUCAAAUUAAAAAAAUUAAUUAAUUCUACUUUUUAGAUAUUUUAAAGAUUACAAUUUUAAUACCGGUACCGUACUAAAAAUUAGUAGCAGUAAAUAAAAAAUAUUUUUAAAAAACUUUAAAAAAAAGAGACUUGAUAUCAAAAUUUCAAGGUCAUUACGCAAAGAAAGUUGGUGCAGAAUAUAUUUUUAAAAAUUAAUAAAAAUAAAAACAUAAUUAACAAUAUGUAAGUUAUGUCACAUUCGAUUUGAAUCUUUUACUAAUAAUGGUCACUGGUGCAUUAGUACAUAUAGUAUAUUAAAGUGCUAAUUAAUAUACACUUAUGCAAUCUUUCUUUGUAUACGAUAAAGCAUUUUAAGAAAUUUAUUUUCUACUAUUUAAAGUGUUCAAACUCGUGUUUGAUAAUAAGUCUAUUAAAAAGUUUUGUGAAUAUUUGUUUUACAGCUUAAAAACCCCAUCCAUGCCUAUUGAAACUUAACUGUGUACCGGUACCACAAUCUGAUGGCAUGCUGCAAACCAAAAUUAAGCAGUUUAAUGUGAAAACCAAUGUAACAAAGCUAUUUAAGUUUAUUACCCAUGAUGAAUACCAGAAAUUUGUUAAAAAAUGAAAUGAUUAGAAAUCAAACCAAAUGCUUAAUUAUGUGCCAUAAGUUGCAAAAGGGAUGUGGGUAAAUUAGAAUAAUUUAACAAAAAUAUUUCCAAUAUUUUAUGUAUAUUUUAUGCAUAGUUUAAUUUAUUACUUAUUUUACCACCUCAAAAAAGUUAAUAAUCUUGGUUAUGAAUAAAAAUAGCAACAUCUUCAAUUUUGAUGAAAUAAUAGCAUGAUAUUUUAAUGAAUGUAACAUAAUAAAAAUAUGCCAGGUAAAUAAAAG